UUCAUUGGUAUUGAAGAGGGAAGAGUUGUUCUUUCUUGCUGCUCAUCACGGUUCUCUCUUCGUUGGCUAUGGAUCAUUAAUCAAUCAGAAAUUCGAUUCUCUGCACUCCGAAACGAAUCGGCUUUGAGCCGAGUCCAGGAAUUGUCAUGGCUGGUAUCGAUGAUAAUGUUUCGAUUAUCGGUGAUUGGAUACCUCCUACUCUGAGUCCGAGGACGUAUUUCACAGCUAUGUUAGGUGAUGAUGCUGCCUCUGAAGCUCCUGCAGAAAACAAAACCGUGGGACUCUUUUUCGGAUCACGACAGGCGAUUACAGCUGAGAAUGGUGACACAAAGGAUGUUCACAAUGGUGGUGGAUCAUCGAAUGAAUCGGAGUCGAUGUUUGAGCAAAAAUCGAGCUCACGGGGAGGUCUGGUGGAAAGGAUGGCAGCCAGAGCUGGAUUUAAUGCUCCGAGAUUGAAUACUGAAAGCAUCCGGUCUGCCGAUCCUUCACUUAACCCCGACAUUCGUUCUCCUUACCUGACAAUACCUCCUGGUCUUAGCCCUACAACAUUGCUAGAAUCUCCGGUUUUUGUUUCGAAUUCGUUGGCGCAGCCAUCCCCGACUACCGGAAAAUUCCCUUUCAUUCCUAGUGUUAAUGAUGGGAGCUGCAAACCCGAGUCUCAUGUUAGGAGCGAAGAUAACUAUUUUGAAGACAUGAAUGCAUCGUUUGCAUUCAAGCCUGUUGCGGAAUCGGAUUCUCCUUUUUUCCUCGGUGCAAUGAGUAAAGUUAAUCCGGCCGGUCUUCCUCAGCAGUCCUUUCCUAAUACUGAAGCUUCGGUACAGUCCGAGUGGUCUCAUGCAUCUCAAAGUGUAGACCCGAGGAAAGUACACCCACAAAACAGCAACAUGUUCAGCCUUCAGGUGGAUUUUUCUCGAUCAUCGACGGAAAAAGAUUCCGGGAGUAAUAACUCUGCAGAUCAAAGGGUCUUUGAUCCUGUCGAUGGGAGUGUUGAACAUUCAGUGCCUCUUGAUGAGCCACGGGAUGAAGAAGGAGAUCAAAGAGUUAGCGGAGAGGCCGGUGGUAUCGGUGGUGUGCCAUCGGAGGACGGAUAUAAUUGGCGAAAAUACGGACAAAAACAGGUAAAAGGAAGUGAGUAUCCUCGUAGUUAUUAUAAGUGCACGCAUCCGACCUGUCAAGUUAAGAAGAAAGUCGAACGUUCUCAUGAAGGUCACAUAACGGAGAUCAUAUACAAGGGAGCUCAUAACCAUCUCAAGCCUCCACCGAACCGCCGAUCGUCCAUCGGAUCGUCCAACUUACUAAGUGACGUGCAACUCGAGCUACCUGAACAAACUGGCCUUCAAAAUGGAAUGGAUGGUGAUCCUGUUUGGGCUACUGCACAAAAGGGAACUGUUGCCGCUCCUCAGGAUUGGACACAUGACCACAUUGAGAUGACAUCGCCUGCAACGAUAUCUCAGAAUGGCAAUGGACUGGCACCAAAUACUACUCACAUUGAAUCCGGUGAUGCAGUGAACGUCUCAUCUACCUUCUCUAAUGACGAAGACGAAGAUGAUCAAGGCACUCAUGGAAGUAUCUCGUUAGGUUAUGACGGUGAAGGAGAAGAAUCCGAGUCAAAGAGAAGGAAAAUCGAAGCUUAUGCAACGGAAAUGAGCGGAGCCACCCGAUCUAUUCGUGAGCCUAGAGUUGUGGUCCAGACAACCAGUGAGGUCGAUAUCCUGGACGACGGAUAUCGGUGGCGCAAGUAUGGCCAGAAAGUAGUGAAAGGAAAUCCAAAUCCAAGGAGUUACUACAAAUGCACUAGCGCCGGCUGCACGGUGAGGAAGCACGUCGAGAGGGCAUCACACGACCUUAAAUCAGUAAUCACUACCUACGAAGGCAAGCAUAAUCAUGAUGUCCCGGCCGCUCGGAAUAGCAGUCAUGCCAAUUCAGCUACUUCGAACUCAGAAAUUGCCAUGGCUUCUUCCAUCCAAACACAUGCCCACAGGCCGGAGCCAUCGCAACUUCACAACAGCACGGUUAGACCGACAUCAUUUGGUCCAUUCACCCUAUCCGGAAGGCAACAACUCGGUCCUUCUCCCGGCUUCUUAUUCCGAAUGAACCAACCAAGUCUGGCUAAUUUGGCAAUGGCCGGGUUGGGACCUGGCCAACCGAAGCUCCCGGUUCUGCCUGUUCAUCCGUAUAUGCCUCGCCAGGGUAACGAAAUCGGUUUCAGGUUUCCGAAAGGAGAAACGAAGAUGGAGCCGAUGUCGGAACCCGGCUUGGAUCUAUCCAACAACACAUCAGUAUACCAUCAACUAAUGAGUAGGCUGCCCCUUGGACCACAGAUGUAAAAUUCUCUUAUUCAGUUCCGAGCAAAAGAAAAAGAAGCAUUUAUGUUCCUCUUAAUUAUGAGAUGCAGUGCUAUAUUUCCUCUUACUUGCACCUAGAUCAUGUGGAACUUAUAUAAACUGCAAUCGGGGAUGAACAUUUGAC